GAGGGAGGCAGGGAGAGAAAGGGAGGAAAGGCAGGGAGCCGGCGGCGCUGCGUGUGUGUCUGAGUGUGCGAGUGUGAGUGAGUGUGAGUCCGGGCCCUGCCUCUCCUGGUGCCCCCAGCAGAGGGGCCCGGUGGCUUGGGGAGGCGGGCGGGCUGCUCGGAGGCAGAGGCAGCGAGAGGCGGCGGCGGGGAGAGCCGAGGAGGAGGAGGAGGAGAGAGGAAAGAGCGGAGCAGCCAUUGUUGAGGGAAACCUUGCAAACAAAGAAGGCUCCGGACUCCCCGCGGCCCCCCGCCACCCAGGCCGGCCCCCUGGCCCCCGGCCGCCGGCCCAGUGGCCAUUGUAACUUUCCCCCGGUGCUGUGGCCACCGCGGGGCGGGCCGAGGCGGUGCGUGCGAGUCUUUGUGCGGCCCGCGGAGUGGAGCUCCCAGCCAGGCCUGCCUGUCCCACUCGGGACAUGAGCGGCUGAAGUUGGCCCCCCCUCAGCCCUCACCCCUGCCAGGGUCCCUCUGGGCUUCCAGCCGCUCCCCGCACCUCUCCUGGCCCCCUCAGUUCUCCCAGGUUGUUCCUCAAAGUCAUUCAAGCUGUACUCGCCGAAGGAGCCCCCGAACGGCAACGCCUUCCCCCCCUUCCAUCCCGGCACCAUGCUGGAUCGGGAUGUGGGCCCAACUCCCAUGUACCCGCCUACAUACCUGGAGCCUGGGAUUGGGAGGCACACACCAUAUGGCAACCAAACUGACUACAGAAUAUUUGAGCUUAACAAACGGCUCCAGAACUGGACAGAGGAGUGUGACAAUCUCUGGUGGGAUGCUUUCACGACUGAGUUCUUUGAGGAUGAUGCCAUGUUGACCAUCACUUUCUGCCUGGAGGAUGGACCAAAGAGAUAUACCAUUGGCCGGACCCUGAUCCCACGCUACUUCCGCAGCAUCUUUGAGGGGGGUGCUACAGAGCUGUACUAUGUGCUUAAGCACCCCAAGGAGGCAUUCCACAGCAACUUUGUGUCCCUCGACUGUGACCAGGGCAGCAUGGUGACCCAGCAUGGCAAGCCCAUGUUCACCCAGGUGUGUGUGGAGGGCCGCUUGUACCUGGAGUUCAUGUUUGACGACAUGAUGCGGAUAAAGACAUGGCACUUCAGCAUCCGGCAGCACCGAGAGCUCAUCCCUCGCAGCAUCCUUGCCAUGCAUGCCCAGGACCCCCAGAUGUUGGAUCAGCUCUCUAAAAACAUCACCCGGUGUGGGCUGUCCAAUUCCACUCUCAACUACCUCCGACUCUGUGUGAUACUUGAGCCCAUGCAGGAGCUCAUGUCCCGCCACAAGACCUACAGCCUCAGCCCCCGUGACUGCCUCAAGACCUGCCUUUUCCAGAAGUGGCAGCGCAUGGUAGCACCCCCCGCGGAGCCCGCACGGCAGCAGCCUAGCAAACGGCGGAAACGGAAGAUGUCAGGGGGCAGCACCAUGAGCUCGGGGGGCGGCAAUACCAACAAUAGCAACAGCAAGAAGAAGAGCCCAGCCAGCACCUUCGCCCUCUCCAGCCAGGUACCUGAUGUGAUGGUGGUGGGGGAGCCCACCCUGAUGGGCGGGGAGUUCGGGGACGAGGACGAGAGGCUCAUCACCCGGCUGGAGAACACCCAGUUUGACGCGGCCAACGGCAUUGACGACGAGGACAGCUUUAACAACUCCCCUGCACUGGGCGCCAACAGCCCCUGGAACAGCAAGCCUCCAUCCAGCCAAGAAAGCAAAUCGGAGAACCCCACGUCACAGGCCUCCCAGUAAAGGCCCUGCCAUGGCCACCCAGCACUCUGCCUGCCCCACCCCUUGCAGCUCCAGGGAGCAGAAGAUAGAAUGCAGAGACUGAGCAUCUAAAAUGGGCAGCCUCCAUCCACCCACUUCAGGGAGGAACUGGACUCGCUGGGGGCAGGUGCCAAGAUUUGCCUCUCAGUGGCCCUGGGCUGGGCCUGGCCCUGGCCCCUGCAGAGCCUUUUGGGGGAAGGGGGUACUCGUGUGGAUGCCUACAUCCAUGACCCUGGGUCUUUGAGAAAUGUCCUGACCAUCCUCCAGGGCAUUUGCCUCCACCCUCACCCCAGAUUCUGGGUUCCCCAUCCUCCUGACUUUACCCCUUUCAGCUCGGGGUUGUCUGUACCCACAGCCCUUAGGGACUUAAAGUUAUGGGGCUUGGUCAAACGCCUCUCUCCUUAGGCGACUGAUAGUAGAGGGGUAAAGUUCUGGGCUCCUUCUCCCUUCUGCUACUUAUCCCGGCUCCAAGUUUUUUAAAAAAUAAUAUUAUUAAAAAUGUAAGUU